AUGCAAGUCAGUGAGGAGCUGCAUAAACUCACAGCAUCUGCCCUGGCCCUGAUCCUGGCAGCUUCCUUCCUCACCUUCUCCUGGAGUGCCCCUCAGGCUCAUUUCCAAAGGAGAAACUGGACUCCUCAGGCCAUGCUCUAUUUGAAGGGUGCACAGGGACGUCGCUUCAUUGCAGAUGAGAGCCAGAGGAAGGACCUGUAUGACAGAGUGCAGCUUGAAACACGCAGCCAUAAAACAAAUCCUUUAUCUCUUUCUGAAGCUACUGCACUGUUCAUUAGUUCCUUACAGAAAGCACAAGAAGUGGAAGAGGAAAAUGGUGAUCACCCUGGCUACCUGGCAGACAAUCUAUCAAAUUGGUGAAAUUAUUUAAAAUGUCUUUAACAUCUGUACAGCUUUGAGCCUGAAAGCAUAACUUGUGUAAGUAGAGUGUUUCAUCCAUUCUCACUGGGUUUUCCAAAGAAUAAGGUGUUUUCACAGUGCAAAAUUUUGAAUGCAAACAGAUUAAAAGGUACUGGUUCAGAUGAAGAAAGUGUCUGUAAAGUUCCUGCUUUCUUUAGAGCAUUCUGUAUGUCCCAUCCAAAAAUUAAAAUACAUGGUACCAUCUCACAUGAAAAGAUGAUUAAAACAAUCUUUUUGGACAACCACUUAAUUAGAAAGUUUUUUCAAUUGUCAUUGGGAAACUUUUUACCACCUUCCACUCACUCAAUAUUGAAUCUUUUUAAACUCUGAUAAAGACAGGUUCCAUUACUACUUCACCGGUGGCCCUGUAGACUGCUGAUGGUCAAUAAAUUCAGAGAGAUAUGAAAACAUUCCAGCUAUCUGUGACUGCAAAGCUGGUGAUUUUUUAGUUUUUUGUUUGUUUGUUUGGCAGACAUCAGUCAGCAUAGAGAAUAGGCAGCAGCACUUUUUGCCCCAGUUCACUCCCACAGAAAUACUCUGAAUCGUCCUACUGAGAAAGUCCCAGCACAUAAAGACAGUUUGGGGACAGGUCUUGCAUUAUCAGGGCCUCAUUAAUGACUGCAUUGUGAUUGUAUUUUUUUGCUCUUUCCUUCUGAGUUGUAGAACUGGAAUUAUGCAUAAAUCUGUUAAUUAUCAUUCUGUGCUGAUAAGGAUGUAUUAUUUAUGUAGUUCUGUGGUCUUACUGGAAAGCCCUCUGUAAUUCUAAUGUAAUUAAAGAGUAGCCACAUGAUUUCUCUGUCCAAGCAACUGUUUCAUUUUUUUAACCUUCUACCCUAAUCACACUCUUCAUCUUUUAAUGUUAAAUUCCCCUGAUCUUUCUCAUAACACUGCUAAUUAAACUAUGAUGUUGCUUCUCCUCAACCCAAAGAAACACAGCUGAAGGAACAGAGGAAUUAAUUUGUUUCAUGGGGUUAAAGGCACUUUCAGUCAUUGUUUAUAAUCUUUAUCACUUCAUGGAGGAACAUAACAGGUGAAAUCAAAGUGUCCUGCUCUGUUCACUUUUAAGCACUACUUUAUCUUCCAAUGGCAGUGUGUGUUGUAUGAAAGAACACAUCCUUGAUGAACUUCACCUCAAGGCCAGUGGAAUCCACCAGAACCCUUUCCCUAAUUUAGUUGUCCUUUGUCUUGAACAUAUUUGGAAUAUCUCAGGUGCAUCUAAGUGAUUUUCCAGCAUGUUUUACAGGAUCAUCAGUCCAUGCUCAGACAGAAAAUAGUAUGGAGUCAGAGAACAUAGUCCUAGAAUGGCCUAGUUUGGAAGGGACCUAGAAGAUCAUCAAGUUCCAAAUGCCCUGCCAUAAACUGGGACACCUUCCACUAGAAAACUGAAAAGUUAGAGGGGUUAUACAUAUUUUGGUUUAUCAAUGUCUUGAAAUUUAUAUGCCCCUGCCCGUCCCAGUGAUACAGAAACUGUACUCAGCCUAUUCCUAGCUGACAGAUUUUUGUGCAUGUUCCUGAUUGAAGGUCUCAAGCUUAAACAUUUCCUUUACGAAUAUGAUGAAACAGAAUAAACCUUCUGCCUUGCUGGUGAGCUGUAUGUGAAACCCCACUAACUUCCAUCUGGAAGACAAUACCUUAUGUAACAGGGAGCUGCUACCAAGUUUGUCAGGUGUCAGUAGCUGUUGGGAGUGUAUGGCAUUUAAUUUAGGCAAUCUGUUGCUGUGGCUGAAUGAGAAGCCGUUCCCACGGUGCUAUAAAUUCAACAUACAGAAGUGUUUUGCUGUAGAUAAAUUGCCUUGUUAGUAAUUGUUAAUCCUGGAAUCAAGGCAAAACUAACAUGAGCCCAAGGCGCGGGGCAGAGGUGGCUUUGGCCACUGCAGGACCUGAAUCUGAGAAUUCAGAUUAGUCCUAUCUCAAAAGCUGUGCAUUUUCUAAGACCAGGAGGGUGCUCAAAGCAUGGGAGCAUGCUGAAACACACACAGCUUUUCUGCUUUACAAGACAGUUUUGAAAUACAUGCAAUAAAUACAGAUUUCUCGAUUUAUUUAUAAAAACAUCAACUUUAAAUCAAUAUGCCUCUUAUAUGGUAUUUCUUUGGGACUCUCAGCCAUUACAUCUUUUGACUCUGUA